AUGUCCACCACCACCGCCAACACCGUCUACCUCAUCACCGGCGCCAACAGAGGCCUAGGCCUCGGUCUCGUCAAAUCCCUCCUCACCCGCCCCUCAACAACCAUCAUCGCCUCCGUCCGCAACGAAGAGGCCUCUGCAACCCUCAAAUCCGAACUAUCCUCCAUCACCCCCAGCCAAAACAGCACCGUGCACAUCAUCCUCCUCUCCUUCUCCGCAGACACCCCAACAACCCCCUCCCAAAUCCUCAACACCCUCGCCACCAUCCAAAACAUAACACACAUCGACGUCCUAAUCGCAAACGCCGGCUUCGCAGCCCCCAUGACACCAGCCCUCCACACAACAGCCCCCGACCUCCGCUCCUCCUUCGAAACCAACACCAUCGCCCCCCUCCUCGUCUUCCAAGCCAUCUGGCCCCUGCUGAAGUCCGCAAAAAGCGCACCCAAAGCCGUCUUCAUGAGCUCGUCCGUCGGCUGCAUCAGCGCGCAAGAGCCCUUCCCCGGCGGCGCGUACGGGGCGUCCCGGGCAGCGGGGAACUGGCUUACGCGCGCGAUUCACCUCCAGCAUGAAGAGGAUGGGCUUGUUGCGUUUGCGAUGCAUCCGGGGUGGGUGCGGACGCGGGCGGGGGAGUUUGUUGCGAGGGAGUGGGGGGUUGAGGGGGGGCCGCCGGAGAGCGUGGAGAAUAGUGUCAAGGGGGUGUUGGAGGUUGUGGAUGGGGCGACGAGGGAGAGGGUUGGGGGGAGGUUUGUUACGUAUAAGGGGGAGGAGUUGCCUUGGUGA